AUGGAGGAGCAGAACCCCAGUUCCCAGAGCCCCAAGGAGAGGCACCAGCUGAAAGACAGAGAGACAGGCCAACAGAAGGAUGGCAGCAAGCACAGCAGCACCCUGCAGCAGCCUCAGGGCAGCAAGGGGCGGUCUGUGCAUUGGCUGACAGCUCCCUACAGCACCCAGGGCCUGUCCUUGCACCGACUGACAGCUCCCUACAGCACUCAGGGCCGGUCCCUGCACCGACUGACAGCUCCCUACAGCACUCAGGGCCUGUCCUUGCACCGACUGACAGCUCCCCACAGUGCCCAGAACACCCAGGGUCGAUCCCUGCACCGACUGACAGUUCCCCACAGUGCCCAGAACACCCAGGGCCGGUCCCUGCACCGACUGACAGUUCCCCAGAACACCCAGGGCCGGUCCUUGCACCGACUGACAGCUCCCUACAGCACUCAGGGCCUGUCCUUGCACCGACUGACAGCUCCCCACAGUGCCCAGAGCACCCAGGGCCUCUCCCUGCACAGACUGACAGUUCCCCAGAACACCCAGGGCCGGUCCUUGCACCGACUGACAGCUCCCCAGGGCACCCAGGGCACCCAGGGCCGGUCCCUGCACCGACUGACAGCUCCCCACAGUGCCCAGAGCACCCAGGGCCGGUCCCUGCACCGACUGACAGCUCCCCACAGUGCCCAGGGCCGGUCCCUGCACCGACUGACAGCUCCUCACAGCACCCAGAGCACCCAGGGUCGCUCUCUGCACCGACUGACAGCUCCCCAGAACACCCAGGGCACCCAGGGCCGGUCCCUGCACCGACUGACAGCUCCUCAGAACACCCAGGGCACCCAGGGCCGGUCCCUGCACCGACUGACAGCUCCCCAGAACACCCAGGGCACCCAGGGCCGGUCCCUGCACCGACUGACAGCUCCUCACAGUGCCCAGAGCACCCAGGGCCGGUCCCUGCACCGACUGACAGCUCCCCAGAACACCCAGAGCACCCAGGGCCGGUCCCUGCACCGACUGACAGCUCCCCAGAACACCCAGAGCAGCCAGGGCCGGUCCCUGCACCGACUGACAGCUCCCCACAGCGCCCAGGGCAGCCAGGCCCGGUCCAUCCCCCGGCUGACACCAUACCGCAGCUCCCAGGGCAGCCAGAACUGCUCCCUGCACUGGCUGACACUGCCCGAGAGCUCCCAGGACCAGUCUGUGCCCCCGGUGACACCAUCCCAGAGCUCCCAGGGCCACUCCCAAGGCCGGUCCCCGCACCGGCUGGCAUCGCCUCGCAGCACCCAGAGCGCCCAGAGCGCCCAGAGCGCCCAGGCCCGCUCCGUGCCCCAGCUGACACCGUCCCACAGCACCCAGGCCCGGUCUGUGUCCCGGCUGACAUCACCCUGCAGCUCCAAGAGCACCCAGGCCCGGUCUGUGUCCCGGGUGACACCGUCCCGCAGCUCCCAGGGCACCCAGGCCCGGUCUGUGUCCCGGGUGACAUCACCCUGCAGCUCCAAGAGCACCCAGGCCCGGUCCCUGUCCCGGGUGACACCGUCCUGCGGCUCUGAGGCCCGGUCUGUGUCCCGGGUGACACCGUCCCGCAGCUCCCAGGGCACCCAGGCCCAGUCUGUGUCCCGGGUGACAUCACCCUGCAGUUCCCACAGCUCCCAGGACCGGUCCCUGUCACGACUGACACCGUCCCGCAGCUGCCAGGACUGUUCCCUGUCACGACUGACACCAUCCCGCAGCUCUGAGGCCCGCUCCGUGUCCUGGCACACGCCGUCCCGCAGCACCCUGAGCUCGGGGGGCACCGAGAGCCACCUCAGCCCGGAGGAGGGGGGCCGGGAGCAAGGCCUGCAGGGCCGCAGGUGCCGCCGCAGGGGCUCCUCCAAGGCGGCCGCCCCGGCCCAGCCGCGGCCCGUGAGGCGCUGCCAGGCCUGCAGCGGCCUGGCGGGGCCGGAGCCGGUCUCCACAGGGAAACCCGCUCCUGGCCCGCAGAGACAGGCCUCUCGCCGCCGUGUGGAGCAGGAAACCCAGACUGAGGAACAAGAUUCAGCUGCUCAAUACGCUGAGCAGGAGACACAGACAGAUACUGAAGCAGAAGAGGAAAGGAAUUCAGCUGCUUCCCUCAUGGCUGACCAGGAGACAAAGGAGAAUUCAGCUUCUCAAAUCACUAACAAGGGGACCCAGACCCGUAGCUCUGCCCUCUGCAUGGGCACUGAUGUCCUGGCUGCCCAGCAGCCGCUCUCCGUGUCGGGCAGGGCGUUCUGGCGUCCUGCACAGCCCGGAGCCCUGCAGGAUCCCGGGACCGGCCGCUGCUCGGGGCAGCCACCACGUCCUGAGCCCGACAAGUGGGGCUGGACGGCACUGCCGCCCUACUCUUGGCCAUGGCUUAUUGAGAUGAACCAGAUUUAAUAAAAUAUUUCAUUUCUCU